GUGGUCUUGGAACUGAUCGACAUCAACAAACAUUUCUCCCCAACACCCAGGACACACACCACAUUAUGUCAUAUCUGUUGUGCGACUCCCCUGCAGUCUCGUAGGUCUGUCUCGUCCGCUGGCAGAAACUUUUCUCUGUGGUGUCAGUGUUGAUCAGACCAGGCAACACUUUCUGUAUUGGCUUCCCGCCAGAGUCCACGGAUCUGUGGGUGGGAAUGAACGUGGUCUAUCCGUUUUCUUCCGUUGGAGCGCUUUGAACAGCGGAGGGCAUAGCCUACACCGGCAGCAAGGCUGACGCAGUGCCGCAACGAGAGCUCUGCGUGAAUAAAGCGAGAAAAGUGUAACUGCCUCCGGAUAGACAGAAUGCGUUUUCUGUUGAGUGUUCUGUACCCGGUUCUUUCAAUCACGGUCUUCGGAUUAUAUCCGUCAAUGACCAUCGGGCCUAAGGAGGGUUGGCAGGUGUACAGCUCAGCCCAGGAUACUGACGGGCGGUGUAUUUGCACGGUGGUGGCUCCUGAACAGAACCUCUGCUCCAGAGACGCGAAGGGAAGACAGCUCCGCCAGCUACUGGAGAAGGUGCAGAACAUGUCCCAGUCCAUUGAGGUGUUGAACCUGCGAACCCAGAGGGACUUCCAGUAUGUCAUGAAGAUGGAGAAUCAGAUGAAAGGGCUCCAGACCAAGUUCAGGCAGAUAGAAGAUGACAGGAAGACCAUCAUAACCAGGAACUUCCAGGAGCUGAAGAACAAGAUGGAUGAGCUGCAGCCUCUGAUCCCUGUGUUGGAGCAGUACAAGACAGACGCCCAGCUCAUCUCCUCGUUUAAAGAGGAGAUCAGGAACCUGUCCAUGGUGCUCACAGCCAUUCAGGAGGAGAUGGGGGCAUACGACUAUGAUGAGCUCUACCAGAGGGUCCUCAGACUGGACAGCAGGCUGCACAACUGCAUGGGCAAGCUCACAUGCGGAAAAUUAAUGAAAAUCACUGGACCUGUAACAAUAAAGACAUCUGGCACCCGGUUUGGAGCAUGGUUGACUGAUCCACAGGCCUCUCAGAGAAACAACAGGGUCUGGUACAUGGACAGCUACACCAACAGUAAGAUCGUACGUGAGUACAAGACCAUGGACGACUUUGUAGCUAAUGUGGUGUCUCGAACCUACAACCUCCCAUUUAAAUGGGAGGGAACCGGCCACGUGGUGUACAAUGGAUCCCUCUACUACAACAAGUACCAGAGCAACAUCAUCGUGAAGUACAGUUUUGAGACAGGUCGGGUGCUGGCUCAGCGGGCUCUGGAGUACGCCGGCUUCCACAACACCUACCCUUACUCCUGGGGAGGAUACUCCGACAUCGAUGUCAUGGCCGACGAACUGGGCAUGUGGGUGGUGUACGCAACCAAUCAGAACGCGGGAAAUUUCGUCAUCGCACAGAUGGACCCGGACACCCUGGAAGUCCAGAAGACGUGGAACACGGAAUAUUCCAAACGGAACGCGGGGGAAUCCUUUAUGAUCUGCGGAACACUCUACAUCACCAACUCUCACCUGACGGGUGCCAAGGUCUACUACUCAUACUCCACCAAGACCUCCAGCUAUGAGUACACAGACAUCCCCUUCCACAACCAGUACUUCCACAUCUCCAUGCUGGACUAUAACGCCAGGGAGAGGGCGCUCUAUGGCUGGAACAAUGGACACCAGGUGCUGUUCAAUGUCACUCUGUUCCACGUCAUCAAAACCCAAGACGACUCCUAGAGGACAAAGGAGAACAAAUGUCAGAUGUCCUCAUAUGGACACCGUACGAAUGACAACAACAACUCUCAAAAGACAAAAGCACCAUCAUUUGUGAUAUAAAAAAAGGGACCUUGUUGCUUACUGUCUUGUUCAUGUUUUCCUCUCAUCCCCCCCUAAAGUCAACUGCUCUGUCAUUACAUUGCGGGCGGCAGGUAGCUUAGAGGUUAAGAGCGUAGUGCCAGUAACCGAAAGGUCGCUGGUUCUAAUCCCCGAGCCG